UGUUAGCUGUGACGCUAGAGCUACAGCUAAACGCACCAAAAUACAGACAUUUUAAAGUAACAGAAGCUUGUAAUGUUAUUAUUUAGCCUUUAUACAGUCGUCAGCGAUGUCACUGCUUAACGAUGUUACAUUUCCACCUUUAACGCCGUCACAAACACAAAGACUGACAUACUAUGAUCAGAGACUGCAAAAUGACACUAUCCAGUCAUCAGAGGAAGGACAAGAAGAAAUUGCUGCAGAUGUUUCUGUCCAACCUUCUGCGAGAAAGAUGUGUUGGACAGGUAGCCAUUACAUGUAUGCCGGCCCAGGGAGGAAGCCUCAGCUCCUGAAGCAGCUGGAGAGCUACAUUAACAAGGAGCUGCAGACCAUCAGCUCCUCUGUGCCUCAUUUUCAGGAACAGAAACUACAGGUCUACCGAGAUGCUUUUGGUUGUUUCAUCAAAGAGUUCAAAACCUACCAACCCUUUCUCUCCGCCAUCAAAAAGGAAUAUGAAAACACUUUAGCAUAUCAGAAGGAUCAAAUCAGAGAACUGGAGCCACUGCGCUCCCAUCUGAGGCUGGUGACAGAGGAGUGUGAGAGGAAGAACCAAGUUCACUGGGAAGAGGAGCAGAGUGAGAUCAGAGCCUUGAAAAUGGAGAAGCAAAAACUUCAGAGGGUCAUAGAGGCCAUGAAGGAGAAGGAAAAAGCCAUGCAGGCAGUGGUGGAGCGUCUGCAGUCUGAACUCUCAGCGCAGUAUCUGCAGUACCGGGAGGAGCGCGAUGCCCGCCAGCUGCUGAUCUGGCAGCUCAACGACUUAACAAGAGGCUCUGUGAAGGAGGAGCAUCCAGCAGAUGAAAACUCAGAAGAUGCUAAGGAUCCAGUUGAGCUGCAGCUCUCUCUGAAGGUGUGUCGGGGAGACCUGACCAAAGCUCAGGAGGAGCUCACCAGGAUAAGGGCUGAGUACUGGGACAUCGUGCCGAGGCGCAACUGGGAUACACUGGAACAAACACACCAACAGAACCUCUUGAAGAUGCAAACGCUGAAGGGUGAGUUUGAUCAGCUGAAGGUAGAGCAUGACAUCCUGCUGGAGCUCCACAAAGAAGGCAGCAUGCAGAACAAGACUCAUGAGCCCAGCACUGAGCAGACGGAUGAGAGUGUAUCUCAAGUGCAAAACCAGAAUGAGUACCACAACUUAAACGACCAGACUGGCUCUGAUGCCCCGGAGAAGAGCACGCUCACUGUCCAGGAGUUAAGGACGGCCCUGAAGACGAUGUUACCUCUGAAGUCAGAUGAGGAAAUAAAUGAACUUGUGACCUUGGCUCAAAGCGAAUCAGACGGCAGCGAUGACUGCAUCUCCUAUCAGAGACUCCACAGCCUGCUAGCAGAAAGUGUUGAAGUUGUACCCCCAGCCCUCGAAGUAUCAGAAGACAAAGUUGGAGCAAAUCCCCUUCAAGCAAGCGACUGAUUUAAAGUUGUACAGAAGUAUUACUUGGAUUGAUAACUAAUCAAGGAAGUUCUCCAGCUUGCCUGAUUCAGGACAUGUAAGAAACUCAAGUGUAUAUUAUUUUCAUUCUUGAAUUACAGAUUAUUGAUUGUCCCCACAACCCAAUUUUAAACCCUUCCUAAUAUUUUUCAUGAAUGCAAAUGUUUGUCAAGUAGUGUAUGCAGCAGAAGCUUCAAAAUCUAGAGAUAGAAUCAUAUGAAUAAAUGUUUUGUGACUUAAGUAACCUGACCCUGUGACGUUAUUAUUAUCAUGUGUGCCUUAAUAGAAUAGGUUGAUAACUUGCCAAGUGCAACUUAUCCAAAUAU